UCUUCAUCAUCCGUUACUCUCUCUCUCUCUAGAAACCAUUGGAGAUCUGUUUCUCUCACGUUUUCAGAGAAAAAAACACACUAAUCAGAGCAGUUGAAUGGAUUAUGACUCGUCCGUACAGAUUCCUAUCGACCGCCGGUAACUCAUCGUCGAAGGCGGUGCCGGAAUCGCCUGAGGAAGUCUCUGUGGAGUCAGAUUUCGUUGUUAUUUUUGCUGCUCUACUAUGUGCUCUGGUUUGUAUUAUAGGUUUGAUAGUUAUAGCGCGAUGCGCUUGGCUACGACGGGGAUCUAUCGCCAAUAGAGUACCUGGCCAACCGUCGGCUAAUAAAGGAAUUAAGAAGAAGUUCGUUGAUGCGCUCCCGAAGUUCACGUAUGAUUCGGCAAAGGACAAUAACGGCGGAAAGCUUUCGUCUCGUGAUUGUGCGAUCUGUUUGGCUGAGUACGCAGACGGAGAUGAGAUCCGCCUGCUGCCACAGUGCGGACACGGAUUUCACGUCGGAUGUAUUGAUAAGUGGCUUGGUUCCCACUCGUCUUGUCCGUCGUGUCGACGGAUUUUGGUAAUCACUAGGUCUAGGUGUAAGAAGUGCGGCGAGUUCUCGACAAUUUCAGCCGGAACGAUGACGUUGGUGGCGGAACAUGAAGGUAGGCAACAUAAUGUUAGUACUAGUUCAUGUAGUAGUUAAAUCAACCACGAUAAUUUUAUAAAUUCGUUAUCACUGAUGCCUAGUACUUAAUCGAACAACCAGAAGGUGCUCAAGUCCCGUGAUACCUUAACAUCCAGCGGUGGGAUAAUUGUCAUUUAAUUUAGUGGUUUUUGUAUUGUAUCUACUAUCUACGUAUAGUGGCUUCAGAAACUAGAAAUAGCGAGAUAUGUUAUUUUAUUAUGUUGAUGAAGUCUCUUCCUUAUCUUAUCCUCUUGGAUCUCCCUGUAGCUUUUGGUUAUUCAUGUAAAAAACAAGUUAAGCAACACAAGUUACCAUUA